UUAUCUUAAGUUUGAAUGGUCUUUCCGUACGUUUAAGACGUGUCAUCAACUCAUCGAUAACAAUAACAACAAAAACAAACGUCGCAUAAGACGUUUACAAAAGACCUCGCGUAAGACGUCUACAACAAAACAAGUCAAGAAUUGUAAAAAUACUUAAACGACAACAACUUUCAUUAGUAUUACAACAACUACUACUGGUAUCGGUAAAAACAACAACAACAACAACAACAAUCACUACUUUUAAGCAAACGUCAAACGUUGAAAGCCAACAUAAACAUCAAUAAACAACAAACAAACAAACAAAGCAAACGCAAAAAUGGCCAGUUCAAAGAUUAUAUUGAAAGUCCUUCUCUCCCUUUGCGUUUGGUCCUUUGUCAUAAUUGGCCUCUUCAAAAUGCAUGGCACCAAUCUAGUCUCGCAGGAGUACAGCGCUGUGCCACUGAGUGGCCGCAUUUUGCUGCAGAAGGACAUAUUGCGGUAUGCGGAAACCACAUCGACGACAACGGAUCGUUUUGAUCCCUCCGAGAUAUUGGUGGACAAUCGGACAGCCAUGGACGAUGAUCAGCUAGUGCGCGAUGUCGAGUCACGCAUCCCCUCUCUACCGAUCGCCUAUUGGAGCAAGAAUAAAAAUUUCCGUCAGCAGAAGUCCAAUACAUGCGCCAAAUAUCCGUCCAUCUUCGAGCUGGAAUUCAACAACAUUUACUGGCAAACAAUGCGCACCUCUAACGGCACCUUUCAGCUCUUUGGCGCCUACUACGACAUACGUAAGACCUCGCGCAUUGGGCCGACGGUGCGCAUACUCGGCAUGAUCGAUCGCAUACAGCCGACAGUGAAGACCUACUGUCAAUUCUGGUUCGACGGUCAGAAGGAGCCCUUCAUUGUAAAGACCUUUGAAUACAAAUACAUCUGGUACAACAAGUGGGGCAACUACAAGCAGGGCAUCCAUCAGCCCUACCUGAUAGCUUGCCAGAUACCGAAACCCUUUCACGGCGUAGUGCCCAGCUCUGUGUCGAUGGUGGAGAAGGAAUGCGACACGGCAACAAACAACUUGCGCGUCAUCUACAAUCGGCCGCCAGAUGACCAGAAGAAAGGAUUCGCGGUUUGCGUCAAGGGCUUAGACUUCCUUUACGACGAUCUGUCUGUGCGACUGAUCGAAUGGAUUGAGAUGCUGAAUAUUUUAGGCGCCGACAAGAUCUACUUCUACAACCUGCAAGUGCAUCCGAAUAUCACAAAAGUGCUAAACCACUACGAGCAGGAGGGAAAAGUGCAGGUCAUACCGCUGACGCUACCAGGUGGACAACCGAACGUGCCCGGCUUCCAGCAUCUCUACCUCACCAAGAAGACGAAUCACAAGCGCCAGAACGAAGUCAUACCCUACAAUGAUUGCCUCUACAAGAAUCUC